AUGGAAGAGUUUCAUCUUCUGACAUUUGAGAAGCAGAGUCCACAUCCUCUAAUCUUGCCAGAGUCUUGUGCUGACAGCUGGGAGCACAGUCAACCUGCUGUUGCGAUUGUGCAGUUUAGCAGGUCUACAAGCUGGCCAGGUUUUCACCAACCAAGCAGAGAAACGUUUUUGUAUCUUGGUUCUGUUGAGAUCCAUCCUCAGCUUAGUAAAAAGAAGAAGAACAACAACAACAAGAAACGAACCGGGGUUUUUUACUCAUCCGCUGACGAAGAGACGGCUCUCCCACCCAGGGUCUUGACUCCGUCGGUUCCCGCACCCCUUCACGACGCAGACACCGGUCUGCUCUUCAUCCCCAUGGAUCCGACUCCUCUCCCUUGUCCCUCACCCGUCUUCCCCUCAACCCUUCAUCCAUUCACCCUCAUCCCUCAGCCCACCAUCCGGGCACUCGAUCCGUUCUCUCCAUACAAUCCCAUCUCGCUGUCACAGUUUGUGGUGUGGAGAGGCAGAUUGGAGGACCCAAACGCAGGACACAAAGGCCGACUGGUGCAGUUCAGUGAUUUAUUAAAACAAUUAAAGGCGAGCACACUUACAGGCGGAGUGGCUGAUAAACAGAGUCCCAAACAAAGUAAUCCAACAGAAGUCCAAAAUCCAAAACAGCGUGACAAGACUGAGCAGAAACACUACAAACACUGCAACACUAGGUAUACACUCACCUAA